AUGGCCCAGUUUGAAGUCGAAGCGUUCACGCUUCUGGCCCUUGCAAUUGUCGCCAUCGCCCUCCGCGUCGUCGCACGAUGUGUCAUUGCCGGGCCCAAGAACUUCCAGCUGGACGACUAUAUGAUGCCGCUGGCGGGGGUGGUUUAUGGGCUCGAAACCGGCGCCGCAUACUGCGUCGGCGCAUGGUGGAUGGGUCUGGCCAACAAUGCCAUGACGGACGCGCAGCGCCUCGAGCUCUCGCAGCGCCCCGAUAGCGAGGAAUACCGACUGCGCGUCGGGGGUUCCAAGACGCAGGUGCUGGGGUGGUCGCUGUAUACGACACUGUUGUGGCUGCUGAAGGCUUGUAUGGCGGUGUUUUAUUCGCGGUUGACAGCUGGACUUAUCAACAUGCGGAUCCGUGUACAGAUCGCUUAUGCCGUCAUCGGCGCCACGUAUAUCGCCGUCAUCUGCUCGAUUCUGUUUGGGUGCCAUCCCAUGCACAAGAACUGGCAAAUCUACCCGAAUCCGGGCAAUUCCUGCCAGCCUGCGGUAUCGAAGAUCGACGUCUACGUGACGGUAACGCUGAACGUUGCGACGGAUAUGUAUCUGUUGAGUAUUCCGAUGCCGAUUCUAUUCAAAGCGCGCCUCCCCCUUCGCGAGAAACUCGAGCUGCUGGUCCUCUUCUCCGGCGGAAUAUUUGUUAUGGCCGCUGGCAUUCUGCGCUGCGUGCUGAUCGUCACGGCCGGUGCGAACGGCGCCCAGCAAGCAGGCUCCUGGGCGUGCCGCGAGACCUUCGUCGCCGUGAUCAUCGGCAAUGCACCCAUGAUAUACCCGUUCCUGCGACGCAUCGCAAAGCGCGCGGGCAUUUACAUAACCACAUACACCCAUCGCACGGGUCAAUCGCAAUCGUACCCGCUGGGAUCAGCCGACGACAAGAUGCGGAGUGCUGGGAACGGGCGCAGCAUUGGGAUGUCGCAGGCAUCCAAGAAACGGCGGUUCAGACAUCCGCUCAGUAUCCCGGACACGCAGUGGCGCGACGACGGCGAGACUGCUGUGUUUGAUGAGGACGGCGAUGAGAUGGCGAUGUUGAGCAAGAAAUUCAAUCAGACGCAGGGCCAAUAUGGAGCGCAUAAGAAGAUGAGCCUUGAGGGUUUUCGACGGGAUGCCGGUGCUGCAGAGGCAGUGGUCACGAGUGGAAACGGAAGUCCCGGGUCGGGAACGAAGGGGCUAGGACUUGGAAGCCUGGGGAGUAGUCUGGAGUCGGACCAUGGAGAGUUUAGCGGGAUCAAGGUAGUACGGGAGACGAUUGUUGAGAGGAGGGAUGUUUGA